UCGUCUCGCGGACUCGUCAAACCGGUUACUUUGCAUAAAUAGAUAGAAAAAUGCCCGACAUUUAUGACAAGACUUUAACCGAGAACCACUGAGGGCUUAUCCGACUGAAACAAUCGUGCGACGGGUACCCGGAUUCAGAGAGGGGGUGGCGGAUGACGUAAGAAACUGGACUUAAUCAUUGGGAAUGUUGACAGGCUUGCCUGAAGACCUACAUGAAUGAGUUCCGUCCCGCCGCGACUUAAUUAUGUGCAUGAAUAAAAACCAACAGCAGAUUUCAUUCAAGAGACGGCACGGUUCGUACUAGCAGACGACGGAUUAACGACCUGUCACAAAUCGUUGGUCCAGACUCCAAGAUGGCGGAUUGGGUAGCAGACGACACCGGGGUGUAUGAAAACGGUCAUUUAUUCAGCAGGAGCAGCUCGACCAGUAGUGGACGGUCCAGCGAAGGAGCUUCUGGGAGGAGGGACCACCGACUUAAAGCAGACGAGAACGAGAAUUUGGACAGGGCAUCAAUAGGCAGUGGGGCCAGUGCUUCUUCCAGCGAGAGAGGAAUCAGCCUGGGAGGUGGCAGACAGUUGACAGAAGAGAGUCUCACAGACAGAUACAGCGGAAUCAACACCAACGGGUCGGCUCCACGGAUUCCACCGAAGGACCCCAUCAUCACCGGCAAGAUGAAGAAACCUGCUCCAAGUGUGCCUUCCAUUAUAACAUCUCCUGUGGAUUCAAUACCAGAGGAAGACAUCACGAUACCAAACGACGGCUGCCUCCACAACUUCACCGCCGACGAGAUGGCCACCUUCUUCCGGUACAUGCGCGUCGAAGACAGGCUCAUCAACCACAUGCAUCGGAAAGGUCUCGACGGCAAGAAAUUCUCUCGUCUCAAAGAUUCCGAAAUGGACGGGUUAGGCCUAAAUAACCCAAUCAUCAAAUACUUUAGAGAAAAGAGCAUGAAAAGGACCAAAGGGAGAAUGCCGUUUCUGCUAUGAUUUGAAUCAGAGGACAAUAAAACUCAGGACAUGAAAAUAAUAGCGCAGUUAGGCAAUAUCACUGGGAACCACACGACGCAUGUUCUUGCUCAGGACAUUGGUGAAAUGACCAGUUUAACCACAAAUGUUGUGUUCAUCACUGGGAGAAAGAAAAUUUGUGGGUGUUGACACUUGGUGAUACCUACCACAUAACUGUUUAUGUGUGUACCUCUAAACGCCAUCUGGAUUUAUUUCAUAUAUGUUUAUAUUAAGUCAUAUUUUCAUAACAAAACCAUCAGAUACCGUGAAAAUGUCCCUUCACAUUAUAAUUCAUAAAAUAGGGAUUUCAAUCAAUUCAUUUCAUAAAUCCCUUGUGUUUCUGUAUGUUCAAAGUACGCAAAUAUCAAAAGUCCAUCAAAUAGUCCAUCAAAUUAGUCUAAUGGUGAGAUUAUAUGGCGUUAUUGAAGGACAUCGAGCGACGUUUCUGAGCACUUAAUCCCUAACUACAGGAACCAUAGCAUUGAAUGUUGAACUGUACAUAGAUCAUAUGCAAUUUCAAAUCAAAAUGAUAUUAAUCCCCUUUACAUAAUGUGAUAUGUAACCUCGAAUGAACGUGACAAAGUGUAAUCUAUGUAUGUAUUGUAUUUAUCGAGAAUAUAUCAUUUUCAUUAAUGAAUUCAUUUUUACCAAUCAAAAAACAAACAGACACUCAAAGGCGCAAGCGAUUGUCACCACAGGGAAGGCUUCGUUGAUUAUCCAACAUUGGUCAGCGGUCAGUGAUUGAAAGUGACCAACGUUCCAACUGCUUUGUGAAACGAGAAAACAUGACUCUACCCUUCCAGUGGGCGAUAUAUGACUGUUCUACCAUUGCUGGUUCAAUUGUGUCUUGGUUUUGUACCAAUCGUUGUCAAAACGCUUCCGUUCAUUAAAUACAAAAUUCAUUGAACAGUC